AUGUCCGGCUUCGGAAGCAGCGACAACUACGGUUCGAACCAGUCCGGCGGUGGCGGCGCCGGCGGCUACGGAUCCUCCAACCAGUCUGGCGGCAACGACAGCUACGGCUCCUCCAACCAAUCCGGCGGCAACGACAGCUACGGCUCCUCCAACCUGUCUGGCGGCAACGACAGCUACGGCUCCUCCAACCUGUCCGGCGGCAACGACAGCUACGGCUCCUCCAACCUGUCCGGCGGCGGCUUCGGUUCGUCGGGCCGUGACAACCAGUCCGGCGGUGGCGGCUUUGGCUCGUCGGGCCGCGACAACAAUGACAGCUACGGCUCGUCGGGUCGUGACAACCAGUCCGGCGGUGGAGGGUUCGGCUCGUCGGGUCGUGACAACAACGACAGCUAUGGCUCCUCGGGGCGCGACACCGACAGCUAUGGUUCUAAGAAUCAGUCGGGCGGUUUCGGCUCCGGGGGUCGUGACAACAACGACUCGUAUGGCUCGAACCAGACCCAGUCGGGCGGUUUCGGCUCGUCGGGUGGUGGUAACGACGACAGCUACGGCUCUAGCAACCAGCAGAGCGGCGGCUAUGGCCAGCAGGGCGGCCAGGGCGGUUACGGUGGCGGCCAGCAGGGCGGCCAGGGUGGUUACGGUGGCGGCCAGGACAACUACUAA